AUGCUUGUCAAAGGUUUGCCCUUAUGCUACACUUCUGCCAGACACAAGUCGUCAUCGUCUUUGAGGAAACACUUGCAAAAGGUUAAAGGUGAUCCCUUCAACAACAAGAAGCGGGGGGAGUUUUACAGAUCGAGAGCCGCCUUUAAACUACUAGAGAUUGAUGAAAAAUUUCACCUCUUCAACAAUUGCUGUAACAACAUAGUGGACUUGGGGUUUGCCCCAGGAGCGUGGAGCCAGGUUGCCGUUGAGAGACUAGGAAAUAGAGAUUUCACAAUAUUGGGGAUCGAUAUCAACCAUGCUAUUCCGUACAGAGGAUGCCAUUACAUACAAGGAGAUGUGACAAAGACGGCCACACACAGCAAGAUAAGACAGUUUUUCACAAACAACGAUGGUUCAAUGCAGCCUCUUGACCUUAUUAUGAGCGACAUGAUGGUUAAUUGCACUGGACACGAUCAUUAUGAUCACAUAGGAAACAUGGACCUUUGCAAUGCCAGUUUAAUACUUGCGUUUAAUAAAUUGCGUGUAGGUGGCAACAUGGUAAUGAAAGUGUGGCAAGGCUCAGAGCUAAAGUUGCUAGAGGCAAGGAUGAAGGUCCUAUUUACAAAAAACGUUGCUUUCAAGCCCCAUUCCAGCCGAUCGGAGUCGAGUGAGUUAUAUUUUGUUGGUCUUGGUAGGAAAGAUUUAAAGAACAAAAUACUACUAGCAGAUCUAUUUAGCGAUCCAGAGGAAGUAGAGAAGCUUCAAAGGUGA